ACAUUUAAAUGACCUGUAUUUUACGUACUCUUUAUAUUUAUAAACCUGAAAUUACCCUAAUAACAUAACCCUAAUACCUUGCAAUUAAUACGUAGUGUACUAUAUAGGCUGUAGAAAGUCUUACUUUUAGGCUAAUGUAGGCUACCUAUACAUUGAAAAAUACGUAAUUUGGGAUUUGUUCAGUUUUCUUGAAGCGUUUUAUAACGAGCUGUGUCAUUACUAGUAUAAAAUACCUGUAAAUAAGAGAAAUCAGCAAUUACAUGACUUAUCAAGUCUGGCAGUUUCUAACCAGCCGUACCAAAAAUGUCAGAAUCAGGACACAGCCAGCCUGGAAUGUAUGGGCAGGGACGAAGGAGAAGACGACGGCGAGACAGAGAGGCUGGACCACCGGCUCAAAACCUUUCAGGGCCGAGUCGCGACAGAGACUAUGUUCCUCGAGAACGAAGGGAUGGGAGCGAGGAGUCGUCUGGUCCACACCUUCAGAAAACGCCCAUCAUUCUUGCUAAACCACCUGGAGAAAGGUCAAAGCAGAGUGCUCCUGUCAGUGGCGGCCAGCUGGAGAAGCCGAUCAUGCUUAUUAAAGCCAGAGAUGAAGGAGGGAAACCGGGCACCACACCUGAUUUAGCCCCUCAGGCUGCUGGCCCUGGAGUGGCAAAACUGGAGCGGGAGGGUCAACGUCCAACACAGCCUGUGUAUCAGAUCCAGAAUCGCGGAAUGGCCUCUGCUGCUUCCACCUGUGCUGUUGAUCCUGUGAUUGGCCAGACGAAGCUUCUUCCCCCUGAGAAGAUGAAGCACAGCAUUAAACUCGUGGAUGAUCAGAUGAACUGGUGUGACAGUGCUAUGGAGUAUCUACGGGAUCAGACUGACAUGCUGGUUGUGGGAGUCAUUGGCCUCCAAGGAACAGGAAAGUCCACUAUUAUGUCUCUUCUCUCAGCCAAUACGCCUGAAGAGGACCAAAGGGCCUAUGUUUUUAGGGCUCAGACACAGGAGAUCAAAGAAAGAGGGGGGAACCAGACAAGUGGAAUUGACUUCUAUAUUACACAAGAGAGGGUGAUAUUCCUGGACACACAGCCAAUUUUGAGCCCUUCUAUCUUGGAUCAUCUCAUUAAUAAUGAUCGGAAGCUUCCGCCUGAGUAUAACCUCCCUCACACCUAUGUGGAGAUGCAGUCUCUGCAGAUAGCUGCAUUUCUCUUCACUGUGUGUCAUGUGGUCAUUGUGGUUCAGGACUGGUUCACAGACAUCAACCUGUACAGAUUUCUUCAAACUGCUGAGAUGCUGAAACCUUCAACUCCAUCUGCAAGCCAUGACAGCAUUGCAUCCUCAGGGCCAGAUGAUGGAUCUGAGUACUACCCUCACCUCAUUUUUCUGCAGAACAAAGCAAGAAGAGAGGAGUUUUGUCCCCGAAACCUGAAAGACAUGCACAUGGUUGUAGACAAGCUGAUGGCGCACUCCCAUCUGAAAUAUAAAGGAACACUGUCCAUGCUGGACUGUAAUGUAUUCCCCGGACUGGAUCGAGAUUACCUCGGAACUGAAGUCAAUCUUUUCCUUUUACCUAUUUUGGAGAAUGAUGGAGAUGAGGCCCUGACAAGGGCAGGUUCUGGAUCAACUCCUCUCUUCUCUAUACUGCCUGGCUACAGAGGCCACCCGAGUUUUUCCUCAAUGGUGUCGAAACUUCGCAGCCAAGUCCUGGCCGUGUCCCGCAAUCAGCUUUCCCAUACCAUUCUGACUGAAAAAAAUUGGUUUCACUAUGCUGCACGAAUUUGGGAUGGUGUGAAGAAAUCCUCAGCUCUGUCAGAAUACAGUCGCUUACUUUCAUAAUCCAGUAGAACAGACACAUAUCUUGCAACUGGACAAACUGAGAGUCCCACUUCUUGAGCACUGAGGCUUGACGUCGGACUUCAGACAAGACGCAGUGGGUUUGAGGCAAUGGUGGUGACUCUCUACACUGGAAGAUUUUAUGGGUGGAUAUGCCAUUAGUAUUGGCUGCUCUUAUUGCUGAGCUCUCUGUACUGUACUUACAGGGAAUGGUGGGUCUGGUACCAACCAUGUGAGCCCGCAAAGAAAUCCGAAUGUAAUGCCACGGUGGGCUUCAUUAAGAAUUCAAGACAAAAUGUUUAUCAGAAUGACUAAUAUCAAGUAUUGAACUGUAAAAAGAUCCGUUGAAAUUGUUUUUUAUUUAUCAAUAAAAAUCAUUUGACCAAG